AUGGCAUCGAAGCGGAUCAACAAGGAACUGAAGGACUUGCAGAAGGAUCCUCCUGCUUCUUGCAGUGCUGGCCCUGUUGCUGAUGACAUGUUCCAUUGGCAAGCUACAAUUAUGGGCCCAGCAGAUAGCCCAUUUGCUGGAGGCGUGUUUCUUGUGCAAAUUCACUUCCCUCCUGAUUAUCCUUUCAAGCCACCCAAGGUUUCAUUCCGCACAAAGGUUUUCCACCCUAAUAUCAACAGUAAUGGUAGCAUUUGCCUCGACAUCCUCAAAGAGCAGUGGAGCCCUGCCCUCACAAUAUCCAAGGUGCUGCUGUCCAUUUGCUCUUUGCUGACAGAUCCCAACCCAGAUGAUCCUCUUGUUCCUGAAAUUGCCCAUAUGUACAAGAGUGACAAAGUCAAGUAUGAGGCCACCGCUCGUUCAUGGACCCAAAAAUAUGCCAUGGGUUAA